AUGGCUCCAAAAGCAGAAAAAAAACCAGCUUCAAAAGCUCCAGCUGAAAAAAAACCAGCUGCUAAAAAAACUUCAUCAUCAUCAGAAGGUCCAAAAAAGAGAAAUAAAGCAAGAAAAGAAACUUAUUCAUCAUAUAUUUAUAAAGUUUUAAAACAAACUCAUCCAGAUACUGGUAUUUCACAAAAAGCUAUGUCAAUUAUGAAUUCAUUUGUUAAUGAUAUUUUUGAAAGAAUUGCUAAUGAAGCUUCAAAAUUAGCUGCUUAUAAUAAAAAAUCAACUAUAAGUGCAAGAGAAAUUCAAACUUCAGUAAGACUUAUUUUACCUGGUGAAUUAGCUAAACAUGCUGUUUCUGAAGGUACAAGAGCUGUUACUAAAUACUCAUCUGCUUCAAAUUAA